CGUGGACAAAACACCACCACUUUUACCCUUGACUCACGUACCUGAAGCACGCUUACACGUUGCCUGCAUUAGGAUAAUUUUGGCUUUCAUUACCGUCUUUUUACUUACAAAGUUAGCGCCGUAUUACCACUUGGUUUUCCUGUGAUAACCAGCUCUCGGACAUGGCUGCACAAAAGGUUGCUGCCAUUGACCCUCCAAAAACUAUUUUUGAGGCUGCUGAGAGAGGCCUUGCCGGAUACAUAACAAGAACUAUUGAGCGGGCCAUUGAAUUCAACAUUAACAUUCGUGACAAGUAUCAGCGCACAGCUCUUCACUGGGCGGCAGAGGCAGGGCAGGUGGAAGCAGCUGAAUGCUUGCUUGACUAUGGGGUGGACCCUCUUGCCACCGAGUGCAAUGGCAGGACGGCUAUCCACCUAGCCGCACGUGCCGGCCGCACGGAUAUGUUGCGGCUCCUGCUGGAGGGACGGACGCCCUCAGAACAAGAGGCAAUGGUAAACCAGCCAGACUUUUUCGGACUGACACCCGUCUUCCUCGCACUUCAACGGGGUGAAGAGGGCCACGAGGCCUUCAGCCUUCUCAUGGACCGGGGGGGUCGCUACAACCAACAGACGCCAACUGGGAGGUUCCUGCCCACUACGGACCCGGCGGAUCAGCCGGGCUGGUGUUGGUCUUGUGGGGGUGGUGUUCAGGUCACACAUGGCGAUGGACGGAUGCAUGGAAACAUGAAGGAAAUCUUGAUAGCGUGAUACUGCUGGCUGGGGGCCCUCUGUUUGGGAUUGCUGUGUUGCCGGGGUCGAUUGGAUGAGGUUUUUGAUGACUUAUUGGUCUGUCGGCUGCCGGCUUUGAGUCGCUUGUCGGUGAGCGUGUUGUUGUUCUGUGCUGGUUGCUCUGCUAGUUAUUGGCGAGAGAGUUUACCGCGAUACACUACUGCGCAUGCUGUGUUGCCAGGCUUGCGUUUCCUCGCCGACUUGCCUGUCGUACAUUGCACCGAUCACUACUGGCAAUUCUAUACUGACCGACUGCCGCUGCCUGCGAUGGU